UACGAUAUUCAACAAUUUCGACCUCGUGUUGGCAACCGUGGCUCUGGCCUCCCCACUCUUAAUGUCCCAGAUGACACUGGAUACGAGGCCUCCCUAAUAUCCAGCUACAGCCAUUUUGACCUAUCUCAAAACCAAUACAACGAGGCCGACACAAUUUCAGCCCGCCUCCGGGCUGGUGAGGCAUGGCCAUCUUUUGGUUCUGUAGUCAAUGGUGAGGCGGUGCCGUCUUUCCAGCCACAUCAACAAUUUGGCACUACUUUAAGCCAGUAA